GAGUACUCAGCUGCUGCUUGUGGAAUGCUUUGUGGCCAGCAGACAAGAUGAUGAAAGUGUAAUAGUAAGAAAAGGAGAGAUUGAACGGAGAGGGCGGGGUAAAAAACUGUUUGGGGCGGAGAGGAAGGAAGGAUACUUUUUGUUGUUGUUGUUGGGCUGGUCUUUUUUUUUCUUGAUUUUUCUUUUACCAAAGCGCUGAGACGUUUUUUUUGUUGGUUGUCGUUUUUGUUUUGCAAUUUGGAGGGGGGGGACAAAACGUCAAGAUGACUUGUAGGAAUAAAAUGCCCCCAUGCUUUUAUAUUUUCCUUGAAUUUCCUUCUUGUCCAAAACUGCUUUUGGAUAUUCUUGAUAUUUGUUUAAUCCUGCUAUAUAGACAAAAGGAGAUACUGCAAGCAAUAGACAAAGCAAGAGAAAGCACCUCUGAAAACGCGCUAUGGACAGUGGGGAGCGAGCGUAUGGAGAGCACAUCGCCGCCAAGCUAGUGUUUUCAUCCUUGGUGGAUCUCCUAUCCUCUGCCUCGCGCCCUGCCAUCUUGGCCUCUGAUGCGCGAUCCCCGCUAUCCCAUGCAGACCUGCGUUCCUUUAUCCAGCAAUUCGACCUCCAAACGUUUGGACUUGGACGGAAUGAUAGAAUUGGCGUCAUCCUUCCAGAAGGACCAGAGCUCGGAGUCUGUUUGACGUGCGUCCUGGCACGGGCAACUGCCGUCCCGCUCAACGAAAAGGAAAUUGAGGAAGAGAUUGUGUCAGAGUUGGAGCAAAUGCGCGCAAAAGCUGCCAUUGUCUGCAAGUCACGGUCGCAGGAUCGCAUCGUGUCGCUGCUUGCUUCGGCCGGCUUUCUCGUUUUGCUUUUGGAGCCAAGCCCUUCCAUUGCUGGUCUGUUUACCCUUUCCGCCGCGCCCGGUCCAGUCAUCAUCUCCCCAUCCCCACCUAUGGUCCAGCCUUACACACGUCCGGAUGAUUGCGCCUUGGUGCUUCGUACAUCAGGAACAUCGGGCAACAAAAAGACAGUUCCGUACACGCUACGUACACUCUGCAUAGGCGCGAUAUGCGUCGCAAAGUCAUGGGCACUUCAGGAAAACGAUGUCAACUUGAACAUGAUGCCCCUCUACCAUGUCGGUGGAAUUGUUCGAAACCUGCUUUCUCCACUCCUCAGCGGUGGAGCAGUCAUCACUUGCAAGGGAUUUGAUCCUGCAAUGUUUUGGGACAUUGUGGAGGCCUCUCCCAUAUCGCCAACGUGGUACUACGCAGUGCCAACAAUGCACCAUGCUAUUCUUCAGGAAGGUCGGGAGCGAUAUAGUGGCCGUUCCCCUGCCACGAUACGCAUGAUUUGCAACGCUGGAGGAGGACUUCAACCAUCGCUUGCCGUCGAGUUGCGCAAUUACUUUAUUGGGGCCGUUGUACUGCCGUCAUAUGGAAUGACAGAAUGCAUGCCAAUCACUACACCUCCCCAGGACUAUGCGCUGGAUAGACCAGGAACUUCAGGAAAGUCGGUUGGACCAGAGAUUGCCAUAUUCAAUGCAAGCAUGGACGUUGAGCAGCCACCCAGAGUGAUUGGCAACAUUUGUGUGCGCGGAGAGCCCCUUUUCGGUGGUUAUGAGGGAAACCAAGCCGCAAAUGACAAAGCUUUCAACAGUGCUGGCUGGUUUGACACGGGAGACAUGGGAUACCUUGAUGAAGAUGGCUACUUGUAUAUUACUGGCCGCUCCAAAGAAGUCAUCAACCGCGGUGGUGAAAUCAUUUCCCCUGUAGAUGUAGAAUCCGCUGUCCUAGAGCACCCUAGAAUAAGGAAUGCGCUUGCAUUCUCUGUUCCUCACAAUAUUCUACAAGAGACGAUUGGGAUUGUGGUCGUACCAGAAUCUGGUAGCACGCUCGUGGACAUUGCAGAGCUACACAGAUUCCUGGCCGAAUCAUUGCACCCCUCAAAAUGGCCCCAGGUCCUUGUGUACAUGGACGAUCUUCCAAAGAACAUGAACAACAAGCCUCUGCGUAUUAACCUCGCCAAACGGUUGGGAAUUCCAGAGUUGCAAGACGGGACUUCACAAUUUAGCCGCAUGUAUGAAGCAGUGGCACCACCCCGGACUGCAUCUCUCUCUGAGCCGAUUCCCGCUCAACGUAUCAAACCCAACGGAUCAAAACUAAUCCAUUAUUUACUUCGCCACGACGGAGUUGCAGAUGCCGUGGCACUCACAGGAUUUAGUAAAUCGGAUCCAGAGGCGUUGGUGGCAUUUGUCGCUACUUGGUCAUCACACAAUUUGCGAUCCGAUACUCUUUACGAGUACCUGGACACGCAAGGUCGGAUUCACGAUUAUGAGCGACCUAGGGAAAUCAUUCUUUUGUCGCAGCUGCCACGUCGCCACGACGGAAGUCUGGAUGUUGAUGCUCUUUCUACUCGCUUUGCUGAAGUAUCGGCCAGCUCUGAGGACAUGUCGCGUCUUGAAAAGGGCAUUGGGAAUCUCUUUGUCGAUGUCCUUAAUGUUCCGGAAGUUACGAGCCGUGAUGCCGACUUUUUCGAGCUUGGUGGAGAUUCUCUUAAGGCUGGACGCCUUGUACAUAUGAUAAGAAAACGUCUUGACGUCAAUAUCCCUGCGUCCAACAUUCUACGGUAUCGGUCGGUGGCUUCGCUCGCCUCGACUAUUGCCGAAAGACUUCCGCCGGAUAGUCCGUGGCUCCGAUCCGAAUCCGUCAUUUCCUCCUCUGCCAGUGACCUAAGCGGCUCAACCGCUCAUGACUCUGGAGAUGAGUCUGAUGAUGUUCCUCGCCCGAAAAGCAGUGCCAAGAGCCCGCUCUCUAUUUCUGCACUAUUUAUCCAAUUACUCUCCAUUUUGAUCUUGCGUCCUUUACGGAUCACCUGCAGGUGGAUCUUUUUUGCCUACGUGCUCAUUUGGACGCAUCCGUGGUUUCGGUUGGGAGGAACCAUGGACACUUCGUGGUUGCAUCCCGUGCAGUUGAUGCUGGCGCUGGUGAUUGCUCAGGUUGUGCUGUGGGUUUUCCUCCCCAUUUUGGGAAUUGCUCUCAAGUGGUUGGUGAUUGGAAGGUACAAGGCUGGAAGCUAUCCCCUGUGGGGCUCCUACUACCUCCGAUGGUGGUUUGUGGAUCAAGCUUUGCACUUGUGUGGGAGGGGAUUCUUUGCACUCAACAAUGCAACAAUGCGAUGGUAUCUCCGCUGUAUGGGAGCUCGCGUAGGUGCAAACAGCCAAAUUGACCUCAAAACGAAUUUUGGCGAAUACGAUUUGAUUCAAAUUGGGGAAAACUGUGGCUUUGAAAGCGCUCGAGUCCGUCCAUUUACGAUGCAAACAGGUCGAAUGGUGCUGGGACCUAUCGUGAUUGGACACAAUUCUGUUGUGAACAUCAAGACCACUAUUGCCCCGGGUGCUAUGGUCCCAAACAACACAGUCUUUCCUCCUCUCUCUUCUUCGUACGAAAUGGACGAUGCAUCUGAAGAGUACCGAGGACUGUGUCGCACGACGGGCCCAACAGGUCCACAUCUUAUCGUACAGCUUCUUCUUGGCUGGCCAGUUAUUUUUAUCGUGAAUUUAUUCGGAAUGAUCCCUUGGUUAGGUGUUAUUUACUUGAUGAGCGCGCAGAAAUUUUUUAUCCGCGCUACGUCGGCGUUCGCGUUUGGAGACGUUCUACACUAUUUUGCAGCCCCGGCAAGGAUAGGGUACCAUGUCCUCGCUAUAAUUAUGCGGGACACGAUCAGCCCGUUCUUGUACCUUGCCGCAUGUAUCCUAAUUAAACGUCUUGUCAUUGGGAAAUUCAAGGCAGGCCCGCGAGACCUGUCCCAGAUGGGUCUUUUACGGUACUGGUUGAUGCAAAAGUUGUUGGGAGACGGAACACUGGGAGGAGUGAACGCGCUGCUUGGAUCGCACUAUGAAUUCACAAGCAUGAUCUACCGGGCGCUGGGCGCUAAAAUUGGCAAACGCAUCUACUGGCCAGGAACCGGCUUAUUCGUUUUCGAGCACGAUUUGAUGGAAGUCGGCGACGAUGUCGUAUUUGGAUCUCGGUCGUUCCUUGUCUGUUCAGACCAAUCCGAGAGUGCUCCAAUCAAGAUUGGUGCGGGGGCCAUGAUUGCGGAUCGAUGCGUACUGCUCCCGGGAGCCACCAUUGGACGGAACGCCAUCAUGGGUUCAGGAGGGUUGGCCCGGAAAGGGACUCACUAUCCUGCUGGAUCCAUUUGGUUGGGCUCGGCGAAUGGUGGUGCCACGUUAUGGGAUAUGGGGAAUGAACGCGAGGCGGAAAAGGCCCCGACAGACACACCCUUUGGAAAAGCGUUUUACGAAAAGAAGGCUUCCUUCACCGUCCUACCCAUGUGGUUUUGCGCCGGAUACAAUAUUGCUAUCUCGGUAUUCACGUCGACAUACUGGUCCCUACCCGUGCUUGCCGCCAUUCAGGUUGGCAAUCUCUUUUACGUGACUGGAAAGCACCCCAAAUUGUUUGAUCAGAUUAGCCCAACCUGGGUGGCUAUCAGCACGUAUUGCGCCAUGUUCCUGACAGUAUCUGUUGCGUUCACUAUUCUUGCAUUCGGCGCUUUGGGGAUUGAGAUUGCGGCCAAAUGGUCACUCUUUGGACGUCGUGCAGUUGGAAAGUACAACUGGGAUGAAUCGUCCUACUGCCAAAGAUGGCAAGUGUAUAUCGCGAUGCUUCGAGUUCGCCGCGAUAUUCUCGACUACAUUCGCGGGUCUUGGUACAUUGUACAGUUUUUCCGAUUCCUGGGCUGUCGCAUUGGAAAACGUGUUUGCUUGUAUCCUACAGGCGGUGAUCCAAUGAUGACAGAGCCAGAUCUCAUCACCAUUGGUGAUGAUGCUGCGGUGGACAAUGCUUCCGUUGUCUGCCAUCUAAACAGCAAGGGUCAGUUUUCGCUGAACCCGCUCGUGAUUGGUGCUGGCUCUAUUUUGCGGUCCAACUCUCGUUUACUCUCGGGUGCGCACAUGGAGGAAGACGCGACCCUUUUGGAGCAUACUUUAAUUGUGUCGGGGGAUGUGGUAGAAAGUCAUUCGGUGUGUCAAGGUUGGCCUUCUAUGGAUGUCACAAAUGAACGCUCUCGCGCUUUUGCUCAAUAUGGGAGCGUCAGAAAGAGGAAGCCAAAGUGGAGACGCAAGAUUCGGGGCUUCUUUGGCGUUUUCCGAUCCAAGAACUCUCACAACAAACUCACGGAUGCGGCUCCAUUGGUUUUGGCAAACACUGGAAGGUGGACACCUCCUGCCGACGAGUCUGGAAAAGAUACGGAUAAUAUGCAUAGUACAUUAUCUGUUUAAUAUUGUAGAUAGAGCUGGUGUCUAUUAAUUGUAUGUAACGAUCUUUACGGGGAAAAUAUUCAUUAUACAAUAUAUCUGAUCAUCUGAUUAUGCCAUAGA